AUGGCACCUUACUCUACUCCCCCAAACGAAAAGGCAGAGGUCUUGGAGGCAGAGACAACCCCCAAUCGAUAUCAUGAUGGUACCCAAGUUGGCCGCAUUGAUGCUAUGGCUACAGCACCAGGAGUAACACUCGAGUCUUUUUCUCACCUUGAUGAGAAGAAGAUUCUGCGCAAGAUGGAUAUGCGCUUGAUCCCCAUGCUAGCACUUCUAUAUCUCCUCUCAUUCCUCGACCGAGGCAACAUCGGAAAUGCAAAAAUCGAAGGCCUACAAGAGGAUCUCAACAUGACUCCCGAUCAAUACAACUGGUGUCUUACCGUCUUCUUCUUCACAUACGCCGCUUUUGAAGUCCCAUCCAACCUCCUCCUCAAAAAGCUCCGCCCCAGCGUUUGGCUCCCUAUAAUCAUGAUUGCCUGGGGUGUUGUGAUGACAUUGAUGGGUAUCGUCCAGAAUUACACCGGUCUUCUUGUUGCUCGCGUCUUUCUCGGCCUUACCGAGGCUGGUCUUUUCCCUGGCGUUGCGUACUAUCUUACCAUGUGGUAUUGCCGACACGAAAUCCAAUUCCGACAAGCCCUUUUCUUUUCGGCUGCUUCUAUCGCCGGUGCCUUUAGCGGUCUUCUCGCCUUUGGAAUUGCCAAGAUGGACGGUGUUGGUGGUCUCGAAGGGUGGCGCUGGAUCUUCAUUCUCGAAGGAAUUGUCACUGUUAUUGUUGCCAUCUUUGCCUUUUGGGCUCUUUACGAUUUCCCCGAGACCGCAGGUUUUUUGACUGAAGAGGAGCGUGCCUUUGUUGUUUUCCGACUUAAGUAUCAGGGUCAGCAGAAGGGCGCCGGUCAGAGCCAGUCUCGUGUCGCGCAGAGCGAUGAGUUCAAAUGGGCUUAUGUUUGGGACGCAUUCAAGGAUUGGCAGAUCUGGGUCAAUAUCUUUGUGUACUGGGGAAUUGUUUGCCCGCUCUACGGAAUCAGCCUCUUUUUGCCCACCAUUAUUCGAAAUCUCGGUUACAGUUCGAGUACUGCCCAACUCAUGACUGUGCCCAUCUACAUCACAGCGGCAAUUCUUGCUGUGAUUGUGGCAUGGACUUCAGAUCGGGUUGGAAAGAGAAGCCCGUUUAUCGUGACAUUCCUCUGUGUCAUGAUUGUUGGUUUCUCAAUGUGUAUUUCUACUCACAACCCAAAGGUUGUCUAUGGUGGAGUUUUCAUUGCCGCUUGCGCCAUUUACCCAGCAUUCCCUGGAGUCAUCACAUGGUUAGCCAACAACCUGUCAGGAAGCUACAAGCGGAGUGUCGGUAUGGCUAUUCAGAUCGGUGUUGGCAACCUUGGUGGUGCCAUGGCAUCCAACUUUUACCGGCAAAAGGACGGUCCUCGGUAUAUACUUGGCCAUGCUUUGGAACUUGGCUUUAUUAGCGCAGGAAUAAUCGCCGCUCUUAUCUUGAUAUUUAGCUACAGCCGCAUCAACAAAAGCCGCGAAAGGAGAAUGGCGGCCGGCGAGCAUGAGACCGUGUCGGAAGAAGAGCUUUCAGCCAGGGGAGAUAAGGCUGUGACCUGGCACUGCCCCACUCAACCCCGCCCUCUUCUAUCAAUUUCGGUUGGAUUGUCUGGUAUUGAGAUCAUCAAAACUCAAGCAUCUUCCUCCCAUUACUUUGGAAGUCUAGAAGCAAUGUCACUGUACGUUAGGGAACUCAACAUUAACGACCUGGAACGGUCACUAGUCGUCGAAACUGCUGCGUUUCCACCAGCCGAAGCAGCAACUCGCGAAAAGAUCGAAUACCGCUUGACAGUAUGCCCUGAGCUAUGCAUGGGUCUAUUCCUACGUGCAGGGGCCAGCCUACCAUCACCCAUCCCUCACGACAUACCCUUCGUUGAAGGAUCUGGAUCCAACGACGACGUGCUUCUGGCGCACGUCAUAUCCACCAAAUCCACCAACAAGCCUGUCAGGGACGAAGACAUGGAUUACCCUCCUGACUGGAAGUCUGACCCUCAGGGUGACUAUGAUGUCGGCCACAAGAAAAAUGGAAGAACAAUUGCCCUUCACGCCCUUGCCGUGUCUCCUGACUACCAGAGGUCUGGUUUGGGAAAGGCUAUUAUGCGAGCAUACAUCGACCAAAUGAAGAAGAUGGACGCAGCAGACAGAAUUUCAAUCUUGACGUACGACCGACUUGUGCCUUAUUAUCAAAAGCUUGGGUUCGAGCACUAUGGCAAAAGCGAGUCUGAAUACGCUGGUGUCGCCUGGCACGAUCUAUCCUACAUUAUCUCUGGUUCUUCAUAG